UUAGGCGGGCUCAGAAUUGUCUUUCUGUCUCACACUCACACACUCUAUCCUUUCGCAGAGCAAACGACAUGGCGACCUCUCUAGGGCUCUUCUCCACCUUUCUCUCCGGCAAAACGGCGUCGUUGAUGGUCAAAUCUUCCUUGUGCUCACCCUCCUCCUCUCUCAUGGUUCCUGCUAACCUGCGCACGGUGCGCACGGUGAUUUCAGCUACCGUGUCCGACAAAGCACCAGGCACGCGCGCGCCCCGAGGCAUCAUGAAGCCCCGCCGUAUCUCGCCGGAGAUGCAAGCCCUCGUUGGCGUCCCCGAGAUCUCUCGCACCCAAGCUCUCAAGCAGAUUUGGGCCCACAUUAAGGAACACAAUCUUCAGGACCCUGAAAACAAGAAGAUCAUAAUCUGUGAUGAGAAGCUGAAGAAGAUAUUUGCAGGAAAAGAGAAGAUUGGGUUUCUCGAGAUUGCCGGUUUGAUUAGUCCUCACUUCCUUAAGUGAAACGAAGCAUGCAAGAGAACCAGGAUGAAGUUUGUGGAGAUCUUAUGAAGCCAAUCUUUUGUACGUGAGGGCUGUGUUUUGGCUGAUGAUUAUUAAAGACUACUGCUUUUUGCAACUUACUAGUGUUCUUAGUCUUCUUAAGAGUAUUUAGGAGUCUUUAAUUCCAGGUUCGUCAAUAUUUAGGCAAUCCAAUAUGAACAGUGACUGCCAGUUUCUGGUUUAUUCCACAUCUUGAAUUGUGGUGGAAUCAUAUAUAAUGGAUUGUAUUUUGGCUAA